ACCGAACGCGUAGUGCUGAAUAACCAAGCUGGCUGUAGAGUAACAACAUUGUUUAUUGAGGGUUAAAACAAGCGCCAUUGUUGUUCAGUUGUCAAAAUGCGGUAUCUUAAAACUCCACUGAACAUUUAUGUAGCGUUACAGUGUGUGUUUGGGUUAUCGUGGUGUUUUGUGGACUUGGAGUCCGGGGCUGCUAAUGGAGACCGCUUUAAGAUCGAAGGCCGAGCGAUUGUUCCUGGAAUGAAAGCCCAGGACUGGGUCUCUUCGGCCCGGGUCCUCAUAGAGGGAGGAGAAUACAUCGGUUUUCUCAGGACUGAUGGCAGCUUUACCGUGAAUGAUGUUCCAUCAGGAUCCUACGUGGUUGAAAUCAUAACUCCGUCAUACAGAUUCGAGCCUGCCCGAGUGGACAUCACCUCUAAAGGAAAAAUGAGAGCUCGUAUGGUGAACUACAUCAAGACUUCAGAGGUGGUCCGACAGCCAUAUCCACUACAGAUGAGAGCAAAUGGGCCCCUUUCAUACUUCAUGAAGAGGGAGACAUGGGGAUGGACCGAUUUUCUGAUGAACCCAAUGGUUAUGAUGAUGGUCCUGCCCCUACUGAUCAUUGUCUUGCUACCAAAGGUGGUCAAUACCAAUGACCCUGAAAUGAGAAAGGAAAUGGAGCAGUCCAUGAAUAUGUUGAGCCCCAAUCCAGAGUUACCGGACGUCUCGGAGUUUAUGACCAAACUCUUCUCUAAGGGAUCCAGCAAGCCAGGAGGAAGCAACAAAGGCAACAGGAACGCAGCCCUGAAACGGAGGUAGUGCUGAGGACUGACUGGAACUUUUUAUUUUGGGUAGUUAAUAGUUUUGUGGCUUUUUUUUUUUUUUUUCUUUUUUUUACACAAGGUCUCUUAUUUUUCAUUCUUAUUCUUAUAACGCAACUAUAAACUAACUGUAAUAAACAAUGAGCUUGACUUGGCAGGGCUGUAAAUUAUCUCCACGUUAUAUGUCCGUGUGUUUUCCGGAAUGAUUUUGAAUCGGAUUAUCUUUCACCGUGUUCGACAUUUAAUAGAUUUGUGUUUCACUGCGUAAAAAUGAAGCUGAAAGAAAAAACAUGUAACACUUUUAAGCCACCUGUAGUUUGUUACAGCUGAUUUUAAUCUGUUAAUGCUCAGACAGGAUGUAUAUUUCUCAGUAACGUUAGAAGAUGUAAUGUAGGUUUGUAUUGCUGCUAAAAACAGAGAUUUAUAAAGCAGAUCGUCUUCAGGGUUUAAGCCAAUGUAGUAGAGCUGAUAAAUGUGUAAUGGUUUACGGACCUUCUGGGUUUCAGUACCGUUCUCAGGUUCAGCCCAAACUGAUCUUUUUACCCACAACCCAUAGUUCAACUACUUGAAACAGAGUUUUACUUUAAGAUGUUUGUUAUUGUUGUGUAGAAUUUGUAUAUGACUGUGAAUGAAAUAAUGAAUGCCUAAAAUUUUAGCUAUGAAAUAUAAACAUAUUUAAACUGAAUGCUAAUAAAUUGUUAUGGCCA